AUGUUUGCCAAACCGCUGGUCAAGGUUGACCUCUUUCGUGUUCACAGAGAGUAUCUUAUUCCCGCCAUCGCGCAAACAGUUCAUCUCGCUUUCUCUUCUGACCCUUUGAUCCAAUGGCUAAGGCCAAAUUCUACACCAUGGGCUGAGCAGGAUACGGGCAGAGGGAGCUGGCAGUAUCGUCGUAUCCAACGCAUAAUGCUCGGGGGUGAGGUAUUCCAUUCUGCCAACGUUAAACAAAUGACAGAUCAUCCUGGAAAUGGCAAAAAUCAAUUAUCAACAGACACUUCCAUCUCGGCUGUUGCGGAAUUGCCUGAGAAACAGCCCGGAACAUCUUCGCACGAAGACGACAACGCUGGUGCCGUGCGCGUUGAAAUUCUCCUCGACAGACAUGAAGUCAGUUCGAAUCUAUUGGAAGCGAGGUACUCUCGACAAAAGCUAUGGUACCUUGAGGUUGUUGCUGUGCACCCUUCGCUACAAUCACGCGGACUGGGUGGGGGCGUGAUGAGAUGGAUCUUGGAACACGUUCAUGACGACCCCUUGUAUCUUGAAUGUACCCGGGAGGAGAAUGUGGGGUUCUAUGAGAGCUUUGGGUUUCGAGUUGCUGAAGAGGUGGAACUGGUGGAUGGCGCGAGUCAAACUGGAGAGCAUGUGUUUAAGCACUGGGUGAUGGUGCAUCCGGGAAACUCAAUGCUGUAG